CCCGUUGGUUCUUUACCUCCAUCUAUUCCCUUUUCUCUCCGUCCAUCCUCAGUUGUCUUCCUGUCCGCGGAUCGUUAGUUUCGCAACGACGCCGCCUAUCAGCAUGCGCGGAAACACCCGGAAAAAUUCGAGAGCGACUCUCUGCAGAAAGCCAUCUCGCCAGCUGGCCACAGUUCUUGCCAAUUCAGUAUUCAGACCUCUGAAUCUGAAGCGGUCAUCUCCACAGCGAUUGUUUCAACUCGCUUUCUCUGUGUCUCUCCGCCCCCCUUUGGGUGUGUGUAGCGCCCUGGAAGCGGCAUGCCCCCUUCCCGUCUGUCUCGUUCUGACGUUCAAAAACUCUUUUCCAGAGUAUUCCGAAGUAUUCUUAACUUUGUUGUAUGUUCGCCGUUCGCUGUUCUCCAGCCUUCCUUCUGCCUCAGAGGAAAAGGCUCAAGGGACGUCAAGCCAGGAGUAGUCAAACAAGGCGAAAAUGACGGAGGGACGCCCUGUCUCUGUCUCCUUCCCUCUCACUGCCUCCCAGCAGACUCGAGAAACUGUGAGACCGAUGGGGGAACCCCCACCCUCUGAUUCCUCCAACUCGUCUGUCGGAGAUGCCUCAAAGCCUCUUUCUUCCCCUUCCUCCUCUUCUGCCUCCUCUUCUGCCUCUUUGUCUUCCUCUUCUUCUUCCUCUUUGUCUUCCUCUUCUUCAUCAUCUUCUGUCUCCCCCGUAGAUCCUCGGGGACUGGGUGCUUCGGCUGCUGCCGUAGUUCCCUCCACUUCUUCCGCUUCGGAAAAGCUGUCGGAGAUUUUCCAUCUCCUGCAGCAAAAGUACCACGUCGACUCACGCAUGCUCGACUCUCUCCAAGAGGCGAUCUCUUCAUUCAAAAGUGGACCUUCUCUCUCUUCCUCUCUCGCUUCUUCCUCGAGUCCUCGGCCUGAACAGACGCAGGCUGCUGCGCCGGCGCGCGCAGCGCCUUCUGCGGAGGAGGCGGCGGUUGUGGCGUUGGGGACGCUGGGUGGGCGGCUGUCCGGUCAAGGGGCGUCGCCACUGGCGCUACCUGGCAGCAACGCUCUGCUUUCUUUCGACGUUUACGAGAGAAUCUACAAUCGCUUUUGCAUUUGGAUCUUAAGCCUCUUCGAAGACUGCCGAGAGGAACUCAUGGACGUCGCCUUCGCCGUUCUCCUCCACAUGUUCAGAAAACUUCUCACCGUCGACGCUUACCAAGCGCAUCAACUCUUGCGGAGAUUCUCCCCACUCCACGCGGGCAAGCACGGGUCCCUGUUGAAACAACUCGAGGACGCUGAGCCUGUGCAUCCUCUGCAGUUGUGUCAGAUCCCCUACUUCGCUUCCGAAGAACGGAAUCCCCUGUACAUCUCCGAACGUGCGUACUUCCUCUUGCGAACGUGGCUAGUCGACACCCGGUGUCUGCUGCUCGAGGUGAUGAUCCAGGCGGCAAGUCGGCUUCUGCCGCCUCCCUCACACGCGCCUCACGCGCGCGGCUUGGUCUACCGAGGCCUCCUCGGUCCUUCUCUCUCGCAGUCUCUGCUGUCUCCUCCGUCCUCGCACCCGCUGUCGUCACUCCCGGCAGGCUUGCGGAGACACGAGGAGACACCUGCCCCCACAACGCAGGAAAAAGCCGUCGCCCAGAGAGCCGGCGACUUGGCUUUUUUCGACGCUCCGCCUCCCUUCCGCUCUCAGCCGGGAGACCCCGAGAAGGGAGAGAAAAGCGACGAGAGAGAGGAAGACCGGUCGGCUCUAGAUAAUAGCGGCGAGUUGCCGCCGGUCGUGUGGGGCUUGCCAAGGCAGUUCUUCAGGGAAGAAACGACGGUCAUCGGACCGUCUGGCGAGAGGACAAAGCGAGUGCGCUUGCUCGGCGGGGAGAAUCUUCGAGAGACUGAGCUGGCGGAGCCGAACAGUCUGCUGCCGCUUCCCGAGCCUCCAAAGGAUUCUUUUCUUCUCUACAGACGCCUCAUCAAACAGCAAACGGAGCGUCGAGCGCCCUUGUCUGCGGCUGCAGGACAGUGGCCAUCGAUCGCAUGCAUGACGGUUUUAAAUUCAUCGAGUGAAAGCGCAUGCUGCGCCGUCAGCCCCAGCACAUGCAGACUUGUCGCGGUCGGCGGCGAAGGCGAGAUUCGCCUCUGGGACUUGCAACAGUAUCAAGUCACGAAGGCGCGACGCGAGCGCCAGAGACGCAGGUGGCUGCUGCGGACGCAGCAGAUGGCACAGGAGGGCCAGCCGUUGUCUUCUUUCCUCUCUGCUUCGAAGCCGGCCGCCGACGACGAGGACGGGGAAGCCUCGGGCAGCGAGAAAGACGACGCGCCGGAGGAGAAGAAGAGCUCAAGCGGGAAGAGCCUUCAUCGGCGGAAGAACGCUGCGUCGGCGGCGCCUCUCGCCCUCGACUGGGGCGAGGACACCGCGGGAGAAGCAGGCGUGUCUUGCCUUGUCGGUACAGACGGGCGGGUGCUCUCGCUCGCGUUUGGAGAGAUGGACGACCGCAUUUUGCUCUCCGGUGGAACCGACGGCGUGGUUCGUCUCUGGCCGUCAUACCCCUCCGCGGCUUGGGCCUCGACGCUCUUGGACGAGGACGAAGGGGAGGCGUUGGAAGAAAAAGGCGAAGAAAGACAGCUGAAGAAGGCGCCAGGGACAGGCGAGAGUGGCGCGCAGGAGUCUGCAGAAGGCGAGGGCGAGCAAGCGCCGCGAAGCGUCUCCAGAGGCCUUCCUGGCAGUCGCUCGAGUGUCGUCUCGCCUCUGUGCGUCUACCGAGGCGCUCUCGCUGCUGUCUGGGCUCUCGACGUCGGACCGUACGGGCACUACUUCGCGUCCGGCUCGAGUGACAACUGCGCCCGUCUGUGGUGCACAUCUCGUUCCUUUCCCCUUCGUUUGCUGCAGCACCCGGCAGCGGCCACGGACGUUUUUCACGUUGCAUUUCAUCCGAAUUCUUCGCUGCUUCUGACCGCAGCGUCUGACAACUGUGUGCGGCUCUUCGACCUCCGCUCUGCCCAGCUCGCGCGCGCCUGGGCUCCUCUGUUGCUUCCUGUCGUGGACGGCGAGGCCCGAGGAAGGGCGACGGAGGAGCCGGAGGAGGGAGAUGGCGAGCAACGCGACAGGCAGGAGAGACGCGAGCGAAGGGGCACCGACAGAAAGGUUGAAAAGCACGACAGUUCACCUUUUAUGCGGCGAAAACGCGUCUACGAAGACGUCAAGAAACCGGGAGCCAAGCACCUGCGACUGGGCAAAAAGAGGGGAUCGCCUGUGUUUCGCGCUUCCGACGACGAAGAAGAAGAGAAAAGACAAGCCGAGAGGCGACGCUCAGGAAGAGUCACGGCUCUCGCCAUGUCCCCAAAUGGACGCCUCGCUGCAGUCGGAGAUUCUGCCGGAGGCGUCUGCGUCUUUGACAUUCCAUCGGGGCGCCCUCUCGCGAUCGGGUCGAGCCCCUCGAUGCAAAAAAGAGAAGAAAGGUUCUCUCCUCUUCACUUUCCUCCAAGCAUUGCAUCUCUCUCCUUUUGUCACGGGUCCUCGUUCCUCGCGUCCGCCGCGGUCGACGGCACUGUCGCGCUCUGGGACACCAGCGGAGGCGCUCUUCAAAUUCCAGAAGCUGACGGGACCUUCCGGCAGAAGUCCGGCCUCUUUGCCGGGCGCCCCGUGACAGCUCUUUCUCUCGCGGAGACCUACGGCGCGUCGCAUGUGGCGUUUCGCUCUUGUCUCUUCAGUCCUGAAAACCUGCUUUUCUGUCUCGGAUUCUCGACGCUGUGCAGCGACGAAGACUUCCUAUAGUGUCAUGCGUUUGCUUUUGAAAUACGCGGUGCAGGGGUGUAGAAAGCCCUGGAUGCUGCUGCCCUUUUCUAGAGCUGGAUGCGCAGUACGCUUCGAUUCUCUCUAUGUCACAGUCUGCCUUUUAUGUCUCUUGUCUAACGGGGGCGUUUCGUCUGUCAUUCAGGGUGCCUCGUGGCUCUCGAUGCGUCCGUGCGUCCCCUCUGUCCGUCUUUUAAUACGCGUUGUGUGCAGAACGUUUCUCGUUGUGUGUCUUCUGUCUCGACUCCAGUUCUCUCCACCCCGCCAUUGAAGCGCUGUCUUGGC